AUGAGUAAUACUUAUCCAGAUAAAAAUAUUUCACUAGCUUACCAUUUAAGUGUAAUGAGAUCACCGUACCGCUACGGUGAAAGUAGGCAGACCGUAACCACGCAGAUGCGCAUUAGCGACCACGGUCAAGCCCAAAAACAAAAUAAAAGCAGAUCAAGGAUAAAGAUGGUGCAACGAUUAAAGGAUACUUGUAAAGAAGAAGAUAGAUCAAAAAAAAAAGAAGGCAGACAAAAAAGCAGGCAGGUAGGCCAAAAAGGAAGCAGAUGUUUGAUGAAUCAUCGUUAUUAUAUUGAUUUAUCAUGUUGGGUGAUAAAAGAGUGUUUUGACAUUUUUCAAAGAAAAAAAGAAAAGAAAAAGAAAAUGUUGUUCUGUCAGAAGUUAUCAUCAAUAUGUUAUGUGUUUUUAAUGUACUCUACCGCCAUCUCUGGAGCGAUAUCUGAGAAAGUGGUAAUGCGCCAUUCAUUUUGGGAAAGUACGAUAUUUUAUUUUAUAACAUUACGAAAAGCAUUUUCUUGUGACACGACAAAAAACUUUGAAAACACUGUAUAA